AUGACAAGCAAAAGUAAAGAAAACAAGAAUAGAAUCCAUCUGCUGGACACGAAAACAGGCACAGAGACGGAAACGGAUGCAGAGGUGGCAGAUACAUCUCAUCUAUCCAAGGAUCACGUUGCAUCUGUAUCAAUCACUCCUAAUUCAAUUACCCCCAAUUCGAUUACCCCCACAAUAUCGAAAUCAGAAGAAGGAGAAAAAGGUCAAGGCCAAAACCAAGAUCACGGUCAGGGUCCUGUGGUGAAUGAAAAGGAAAGGAAAAAACAAGCAUUUAUUACAAGGACAAUUUGGACAUUUGUUAUGAUUAGUGCCUUUUUCCUUAUAUUGGCAUCUGGUCAUAUACCCAUAAUAAUACUGAUUCUUGUGUUUCAAUUGCUAACUUUUAAAGAGAUUAUUGCAUUGACUUCAGAACCGGCAAGAGAUAAAAAGAUACCUUAUAACAGAUCUUUAAACUGGUAUUUCUUGGUAACAACAUGGUAUUACUUGGAUUUUCCAUCUUUUGUCGAUUUUUUUCAAGAUAAGGUACUUUCUUAUAAAAUUUUAUCAUUGUUGGUAGUCAACCAUAAAUUUAUCAGUUACUCUUUUUACAUUGCAGGAUUCGUAUUCUUUGUAUGGACUUUGAAAAAGGGGUACUAUAAAUUCCAAUUUGCCCAAUUGUGUGUGACUCAUAUGACUUUGUUGCUAGUUGUGUUCCAAGCUCAUUUGAUCAUGGAUAAUAUCCUUCAUGGCAUAUUUUGGUUCUUUUUACCAAGUGCAUUGGUUAUUGUUAAUGACAUAUUUGCUUAUAUUUGUGGCAUUACAUUUGGCAAAACCCAAUUGAUUGAAAUCUCACCGAAAAAGACAGUAGAGGGAUUUUUGGGAGCUUGGAUAAUGACUGGAAUUGCAGCAAUUAUUGGAACUUAUUUGUUGACGAAAUCAGACUAUUUAAUAUGCCCAGCACAAAACUUGUCAACUCAUUUGUAUAAUUUUCCUCAUUGUGAACCAAACCCAGUAUUUAUUCCACAGAUUUAUCAAUUGCCAACAAACGUUAUUGAGUUCUUUGGUGAUAGAGUGGAGAUAAUUACUUUUAAGCCAAUAUAUUUCCAUGCUGCCAUAUUGGCCACUUUUGCUUCGUUAAUAGCACCAUUUGGUGGGUUUUUUGCCAGUGGUUUGAAAAGAGCCUUUGGAAUUAAAGAUUUUGGCGAUACCAUUCCAGGUCAUGGUGGUGCCACCGAUAGAUUCGAUUGCCAAUUCUUAAUGGGUUCUUUUACUUAUUUGUAUUACCAAACAUUUAUCAGUAAUAAUAACAUGAAUUUGGGGAAGAUUUUACAAAUGGCUAUAAUAAACUUGAGUUUACCGCAAUUAGUUCAAUUGGUAAAGAGUUUAUUAAGGUAUUUAAAUCGAGAACGCGUAAUAGAUGAUGAGAAAUUGAAGUUGAUAUAUGAUUUAUUAGAGAAUAAGAAGGGAGAUGUCGACUUUUGA